CCAUUGACCCGACGGAUCUACCCAACUUUAGAGGCGGAGAGCACAAACACUAGUUACUCUAUUCUAAAUGUCUAACUAGUGAGAGCGCUAGAGAACCUGGAGGUGGAGGUGGAGUUGCUGGUUUCAAAUCUUUUGGAAUUGCGUUGGGAGAAAUAGAGGCACCUCUUCUCAAUUUCCAGGUAAACAAUGCAGGAGUGGUUGGAUGCAUACUAAACCCUGAAGCUUUUAGAGCAGUACCCAGUAAUAAGCCAGAAGAAGUCGACUGGGCUGAAGUUUCAACACCAAAGUACGAGUUAUCAGAAGAAUACCUGAAAACAAACUACUACGGCACAAAAGGAGUGACAGAGGCACUUUUGCCCCCCUCGAGCUAUCCGAUCACUAACAAAAAAAACCAGCAGCAAAGCGCAGGUUGUCUCACUAGUUACUACUACUAGUCCACUACUCAACUCCACACCAAAAUCAAUGGUGGACCCCAACCUCUCCUUCCUCUCCCUCCUCCUCCUCCUCCUCCCUCUCGCUCUCCUCGUCCUCCUCUACCUCAUCGUCCGCCCCUGCCCCGCCACCGUCCCAAUCAAAAACCGCCACGUCUUCAUCACCGGUGGAUCCAGCGGCAUCGGCCUCGCCCUGGCCCACCGCACCGCCUCCGAGGGCGCCAAAGUCUCCAUCCUCGCCCGCUCCCUCGACAAGCUUGAGGAGGCCAAGAAUUACAUCCAGCUCUCCACCGGCAUUGACGUCGCCAUCUUUGCUGCUGAUGUCCGUGACUAUGACGCCGUUUCCAAGGCCGUCGAGGCGGCGGGCCCGAUCGAUGUGUUGGUCGUCAACCAGGGAGUAUUCGUCCCUGGGGAGCUGGAGAAGCAAGGAUUGGAUGAGGUGAGGUUCAUGGUGGAUGUCAAUUUGAUGGGUAGCUUCAACAUGAUCAAAGCUGCUCUGCCAGGAAUGAAGGACAGGAAGGACCGCGGACCGGGUUCGAUUGCUCUGAUGUCGUCGCAGGCCGGUCAGGUUGGGAUUUAUGGCUACACGGCUUAUUCAGCUAGCAAAUUUGGGCUUCGGGGUUUGGCGGAAGCUCUGCAGCAAGAGGUCAUUGCAGAUGACAUUCACGUUUCGCUGAUUUUCCCUCCAGAUACUGACACUCCUGGACUCACUGAAGAAACUAAGAAGAGGCCGCAGCUGACCAGCAUUAUUGCGGAAUCAUCUGGUGCAAUGAAAGCCGAGGAAGUUGCGAAGAAAGCUUUGGAUGGAAUCAAGUCUGCUUCCUUUAUUGUGCCUUGCAACUUUGAAGGGCUUUUGUUGUCCAUUGCCACUGCCGGGUUGUCGCCUCAGAGAUCAUUCGUCAUGGCAUUUGUGGAGGUGGUUGCUGCUGGUGUAAUACGGAUAGCUGCUCUGGGAUUUCAGUGGAAUUGGUAUACAAGUAUACACAAGUGGCAUGGACAAAACAAAAGGACCUGAAGUUCUUGCUGCAUGAUUUGGGUACUUGUUAGUUUCUGAAGUUAGCAUAAAGUUGGGUUUAGCUGUUGAAUUAUAGCGCUGAACACAGUUGCUCGGAGGAGAACUUCAAUUUUUGACUAUGAUGCUUUCAUGGAGUUCUAGACUUUUAGACACAGGGAAGCCGAAUUAUAUCUUCAAACUUUCAGUUUAGGCUUUGAAUUCCAUUUUGCUUAGAUUGUCGUGUUUGUUGACCCAGAACGAAUGUAACUCCUAUAAGGGUAUUGAUAAUCGAAAAAGUGUAGCGAUAAUUUGAAAUGAGUUGCCCUAUUUUCAGCAGCAAACAUUCAAUAAUCUCUUCCAAUGAAAUAAUUUGCUACAUAA